CGCGAGUUGAACGAAUAUCGCCAUUUUGAUCCCUUGCACUCCCUUUCGCGUGGCGAUUACGAGAGGGGAGCAAAGAAGAAUUUUAAAGCUAGGGUCAGCGUUACAUCCAUGUAGCAAAGAUGCCUACCUACUUCCAGCGACCAGAAAAUGCCCUCAAACGGGCGAAUGAAUUUAUUGAUGUUGGCAAGGAGCAGCGUGCAUUGGAUGCCCUGUAUGAUGUCAUCAAAAGCAAAAAGCAUCGUACUUGGCAGAAGAUCCAUGAACCCAUCAUGGAAAAGUACCUUCAGCUAUGUGUUGACUUACGCAAGUCACACAUUGCAAAAGAAGGGCUCUACCAGUAUAAAAAUAUUUGUCAGCAGGUGAACAUCAAUUCUCUGGUGGAUGUGGUCAGAAAGUAUAUUGCUUUGGCUGAAGAAAGAACUGAGGCAGCACGCCAGGAGUCACACCAGACUGUUCUUGAUAUUGAUGACCUUGACCUCCCUGAUUCUCCAGAAAGUCUCCUGCUUAAAGCAGUGAGUGGAGAAGAUACACAGGACCGUACAGAUCGUGCCAUCUUGACACCAUGGGUCAAAUUCCUGUGGGAGAGCUAUCGCCAGUGUUUAGACCUGCUCAGAAACAACUCCAGGGUCGAACGUCUUUAUCAGGACAUCGCCCAGCAAGCAUUUAAGUUCUGCUUGAAAUAUUCACGCAAGACGGAGUUCCGGAAAUUAUGCGACAAUUUGCGCACUCACCUGGGUCAUGUGCACAAGCAUCAACAUCAGCAAACAGCCAUCAACCUUAACAACCCAGAUUCACAAGCAAUGCAUCUGGAGACACGAUUGGUGCAGUUAGACUCUGCUAUUAAUAUGGAACUGUGGCAGGAAGCAUUUAAGGCAGUAGAGGACAUCCAUGGCUUAAUAACGCUGUCAAAAAAACAGCCUAAACCAUCACUUAUGGCCAACUAUUACCAGAAACUUGGCCUUGUCUUUGCAAAAUCUGGUAAUCAUUUAUUCCAUGCUUCUACCUUGCACCGUCUCUUCAAUUUGCUGCGUGAGCAACGCAAAAAUUUGUCUCAAGAUGAACUUCAAAGAAUGGCAGAUCGUCUCUUGUGUGCUACCCUAGCUAUCCCCAUCCCUGCCUCUCGCAAUGCUGUUGACAACCUGCUGGUGAUGGAUGAAAGUGGCAUCGAGAAACAGCGUCGUUUGGCUACCUUGCUGAUGCUGCCUUGUCCACCCACUCGACAAAGCCUUGUAAAAGAUUUGGUAAAGUAUGGAUCAUUGCAAUAUGUAACCUCUGAACUACAGAACCUGUAUCACUACCUAGAGGUUGAGUUCCAUCCUCUGCAGCUUUAUCCAAAGGUGCAGCCUCUAGUGCAGUUCAUUGCAGGAAAUGAAGAUCUUGCUAUGUAUGUUCCUCUAUUGGAAGACAUCAUCAUCACAAGGGUUCUUAAGCAAGUCUCACAGGUCUAUCAGACAAUUGAGUUCAAGAGAUUUGCUUCGCUGGUACCAUUUGCUGAUAAAUUCAAGCUGGAAAGACUUAUUGUCAGUGCUUCAAAAAAUUUGGAGCUACAGGCACGUGUUGACCACCGCAGCAAAUCUCUCAGUUUUGGCACAGACCUGGGCUUGUCACAGAAAGAAGAGGUUGCUGAAGGUCCUACUAUUCAGAGUAUGCCCAGUGAGCUGAUCCGAAACCAACUUACUGCUAUGGCUCAAGCUCUCAAUCAUGCUGUUGAAGUUGUUGGACCAAAGAAUGUGGAGGAGGAAGAGGAGCUACGUGCCAACCUUCUAAACAGCUACCGUCUGACUGCCAGGAAAGAGCACCAGCGUAUCUUGCAGAGACGCCAGAUUAUUGAAGACCGCAAAGAGCAGUUGGAAAACCUGAAUGAUCAGCGAGAGCGAGAAGAACAGGAACAGGUGGAAGAAGCCCGACGGCGUGCAUACGAAGCAGAAAUGGCACGACUAGAGAGAGAAGCAGAAGAGCGCAUGAAGCAACGGCAGCAGCAGGAGCACCAGGAAAUCAAGCGCAAACAUGUGCGAGAGCGCCUUGAGGAACUUCGCAAAACCCCACAGGGAUCCAAAAUCUUUCAGAAUAUUGAUGAAGAGGAGAUGGCUGACCUGGACGUUGAUGAGAUCAUGCAAAAGCAAGUAGAGCAGCUUGAAAAGGAGAAGCGAGAGCUUUUGGAGCGACUCAAGGGACAAGAGAAAAAGGUUGAUUAUCUUGCCCGUGCUAAGCGUAUUGAAGAAAUACCACUGUUGCUGAAACAGUAUGAAGAAGACAAAAAGGUUGGCAGGGAGUUUUGGGAACAGCAAGAGCAGGAGCGAAUAGAAAACUUGAAAAAAGAGCGUGUUUAUGGUCUAGAAACAAAAGCUCGCCUGUCCAGAAUUUUUGAAGACAGUGAGAUUUUCUUGAAUACUCUCAAAAAGGCACGGAAGUCUGAUUAUGAGGACAAAUUAAAAGAAUUUGAGAAAAAUCUGGCUGUUGAGCGCAAAACACGGCUGCUUGAACGCAAACAAAAGCGAAAAGAAGAACGACGGCAAAAGUGGAUUCUGGAGAAGGAAGAGGAAGCCCAGCGCAUCAAGGAUGAAAAACUUAAGCUCGAACGAGAAGAACAAGAGCGACGCCAAAGAGAGGAGAGGGAGAAAGAAGAGCGCGAAUAUGCGGAAAAGAUUGCAAAACUAGACCAGCAGGCUGAACGUCAGAGGCAGCGUGAGAAAGAGAUUGAAGAGCGACAACGUCAGCGAGAAAUUGAAAAUCGUCGUCCAGAUGAGGAAAAAGUUGAAGAACCUGAGAAACCUAGUGAGAAGCGUGUACCACACAGUGAUCGUGACCUUGAUUGGAGACGUGGUGGUGGUGGUAGUAGUGGUGGUGGUGGUGAGGAUGGAGCAAAAGGGGAGGGUGAAAAUCGUCCAUGGCGACCGCCAUCAAAACUUGGGUGGCGUGAAAGGGAACGGGAGAAAGAAAAAAGCAUGAGGGAAGACGGAGAAGGUCAUGAUGUGGUAGAUCGCCGAGAUGCUCCUCCACCAAGAGAUUUUGGAAGGAGAGAGGAACCUGACAGAGAUUUCCGAGAUAAAGCUCGUGAUUUCCGUGAUCGCCCAAGAGAUGAUAGAGACUUCCGUGAUAAGGCUCCACCUAGGGAUGACCGUGGACCUCGUGGAUUUGCUGACCGUGAGGAUAGAGGUUCACGUGGAUUUGGAGAGGGUGAUGAAAGAGGACCACGGAGAUUUGAUCGCUUAGGCCCACCAAGGGAGGAUCGUGACAUCCGUGGACCUCGUGAAGAAAGAGAUCGUGACUUUGAACGAGGCCCUGCUAGAGAUGAUCGUGAUUUCCGGGGCCCACCACGAGAUAGAGAUGAUCGAGACUGGCGUAGUGGGCCUAGAGACGGACCCCCUGGUGGAAGUUGGCGAGACAGACCUGCUAGGGAAGAUAAAGGAGAUAGUUGGCGAGACCGAGGCCCUCCAAGAGAGGAGAGGGGCCCCACGCGUGAUGACCGAAGAAGCGAUGAUAGACGGGAGGACAGGAGAGGUGGGGAGAGGGGCUCUGACAGCUGGCGUGACAGGGCACCCCCAUCUCGUGGAGAGGAGAGAUCUUGGCGGGAUGGACCAAGAACUGAUGGACUUAGGGGAACUCCCAGAGAAGAUGGGCCCAGGGGAGGUCCAAGAGAUGAGGCUCUCCGAGGAGGUUUGAGGGACGAGGAACCACGAAGGGGACCUAGAGAUGAUGGACCAAGAGGAGGACCAAAAGAGGAUGGACCUAGAGGUUUGAGAGAUGAUGGACCAAGGGGAGCACCCAGGGAUGAAGGGCUAAGAGAUGGCAUGAGGGAGGAAAAGGGUUCACGUGCAAUACCAAGGGAAGACAGACCAAGAGGGUCUCCACGUGAUGCUGGACCUCGGGCACCACCGAAAGAGAGAAAAUCCAAGCAAGAAAACACAGAAGAUGAUGGCUGGACUACAGUGCGCUACUGAAGACCUUUUGGUUGCUAGCAUUUCUUUUAAGUACAUUUUAAGGUGGUGGCAGAAGCAAUAGGUAUAAAUUAUAAUUUAUUCCAUGUACCUAUUUUCCAUUGGUGGUAAGGAGUUUUCCAACUUGCAUUUGACACAGCUUUGCACCCCAGUGACUUUAAUAGAAACCUGAUGGUGUCUAUGAUCUUUAUGCAUGAUCAUUCUUGUGAAAAGAAAUCAGUAGAAUAAGCUAGGUGACUUGAUGUAUGUUUUUAUUGUGUUGUCUUUGGUGUGGCACUAGCCAGGGUCUAGUUUUGCACGCAUUAUCAUUUGUGUUAACUAGAUGUUUGGCUUUGGGGGGCUUUGUCUCUCAUUUGUUUGAAAUAAAAGCAUAUGUGGAAUGUUACCUUGCAGACUGAAAGAUUGAGUUUCCUUGAUCUCUUGCUUACACUUCAGCUUUAUGAAUGAAUGACUGGGCAAAUAUUAGAAUGUGUUGUGCUCGUAGUCAACCAGUCUAGUUUGGUGUGUUAAUCUUUGAAGGAGUCUUCAUCAACCUUCUGUGGUUUCCAUGUCAAAGGUGGUCUUAGCUUGCUCUGUAUAAAAUCCUGUAAAGGUUUUAUGUGCCAGUGGUACACAAAUGCAUGCUUUAGAGUAUUGUGGUGGCACAAGUUUAAAAUGUGAAGGAAAUUAAUAUCAUAAACUGCUAAUAGCACUGCUUCACAAUACAGCUUAAAGCACAAGUGCAGGUUCUAAUUCAUAAUGAGUGCCAUUUCGUUUUUUUAAAUCCUGUUUGUAUAAACAAUUCCUUGCAAAUGUAGGUAUUUUAUGGCCACAUUAUUGGAAUCCGAAUGACUUGUAAUUAACAUUGAUGUUAAUAUAAUAAAAACUAUGCUGACUUA